AUGGAACUACCAAACAAACUGCGCUUGGACAGGUGCCCUAUUUUGGCGGCAGCCUUGUUAUUACUACCUGCGUUGACGGUUUUAUGUAAUGACAUUCUCAGCCUGAAGGUGGCAGGAGACCCGGUUCUAAACGCAAACUCGGUGUGCUUGCGCCUGGCUGGCCUCAGUAAGCGUCAGAUGAGGAUGUGCGUGCGUCAACCCGACGUGACGGCCUCCGCUCUGCAGGGCAUCCAGGUGGCCAUCCACGAGUGUCAGCAACAGAUGCGGGACCAGCGGUGGAACUGCUCAUCCCUCGAGAACCUCGGCAAGCUUUUGUACCACAGCAACAUCCUCAACAGGGGUUUUCGUGAGAGCGCUUUCUCGCUCGCCCUGCUAGCAGCAGGUGUGGCACACUCUGUGGCCUCAGCCUGUAGCAUGGGCAAGUUGGGGGCGUGCGGCUGCGGGGGUAAGCGCCGUCAGGAUGAUAACAAGCUCAGGUUGAAGCUGCAGCAGCUGCAGAUGCUGCAGAAGGACGGCCCGGGACUCAUCGUGGACCCACUACCCUCAAGUCACUUUGGCGACCUGCCCGCCGAUCUACACUCCGCCCACUACUCUGCACGCUUCAAGCCUUUUCCUGAUGAACUGACGUCACUGCAGGAGACUUGGGAGUGGAGGGGCUGCAAUCACGACUUGCGUUUUGGAGAGCGUUUCUCCAAAGAGUGGCUUGACUCCCGAGGAUCUCCGAAAGACAUCCACGCUCGAAUGAGGAUACAUAACAACCGAGUGGGACGACAGAUAGUAGCUGACAACAUGAAGAGGAGAUGCAAAUGUCAUGGCACUUCAGGGAGCUGCCAGUUCAAGACCUGUUGGCAUGUUUCACCAGAGUUUCGGCUCGUGGGUUCAGUACUCAAGGAAAAAUUCUUGUCAGCCAUUUUGGUUAACUCCCAGAACAAAAACAAUGGAGUUUUCAAUCCUCGAAUGGGGAACGGGCGCCGAAGGAGGAUGGGGAACCUGAACCGAGAUCGUCGUCGCAGCAUAUCCAGAGAGUUGGUGUACUUUGAGAAGUCUCCUGACUUCUGCGAGCGGGAUGUUGCUGUAGACUCUUUGGGCACGCACGGCCGCAUCUGUAACAAAACUAGCCACGGUACGGACAGCUGUGGCUCGCUCUGCUGCGGCCGAGGACUCAACAUACUGAAACAGACCCGCAGUCACCGCUGCAAUUGUAGGUUUCAUUGGUGCUGCUACGUUCUAUGUGAGGAGUGCCGUGUCACAGAAUGGGUCAGUGUGUGCAAGUAG